AUGGCAGCAUGGAGAAGUCUAACUGCUAAUAAAAACCAAAUCCUGGAAGCUGCUGAAUAUUAUAGAACCGUAUAUACUCUUGAUGCGUGCCAUUCAAAAUCAAGCUAUAGGGGUGUAUAUUUUUGUGCAAAUGCAAUUGAAGGUGAAGGAAAAUUUGUUCCUAUAGCAUUCGCUAUUGCCUUUGUUGAAAAUUCGGAUAAUUGGAUUUGGUUUUGUGAAAACCUGUAUAAAGCUCUUCCACUAAUGAAUUCAAACGAAUCC